UAACGUCAUUUCUGCUGGUACGUGUGUAGCUACUAUAUUCCCGCAGCUAUAGUUCUAAUGUUAAAAGCUGCUGUCCUGCUGGUCAGCUGUUCUUCCUCUAUCGCGUGGAGCAUUGUGUGGAUACUGUCUGUUUAACCGGACAUCGGGGUCUCUGCUCUCUUGCAGCUGCUCCUUGCUCGCUGCAGAUCACAAUGACACCUGUGAACAUCAUAGUCCAUGGAGUAUCAUACUAUCACCACUGUAAACAAGAAAAGGUGGCGGCUGUCAUGUAGUUAGGCCUUUUACUUCAUGGAUUUUGAGUCUUGAGGAUUUUGAACAUUUAGUUUUUGUCACUAUUUGUCUAAGUUCCUAGACAUUCUAUCAUACACUUAAUCAUGUGUAAUGCAGUCCAAUAAUAAAUAGAACUAGGUUGGGAAAAUUCUUGUUUUUCUAAACUCCAAUCAAAAUGCAAUUUGUGUUAGAAUGAGAGACUGACCGAGAAAGUAGUAAAAGCAAGUAAAACCAAAGGGGCCAAAGUGCUUGUGCUGGUAACAGAAGAGCCACCCUGUCAGUAGGUUGGCAGCGCCUGAGGUAGCCAGGGCGUGAGGAUGACUAGCUUGUUUAAACGCAGUAGCAGCAAUGGAGGCUCCAGAAGCAGCGGAAAUGGAGGUGGGGGUGGCAGUGGACAGGGGCAGCUUAACAAUAGCAGGCCAAGCCGACAGGUCAGACGCCUGGAGUUCAACCAGGCCAUGGAGGACUUCAAGACCAUGUUCCCCUCUAUGGACUAUGAGGUGAUAGAGUGUGUGCUGCGAUCUAACAAUGGAGCUGUGGAUGCUACCAUCGACCAGCUGCUGCAAAUGAGCAUUGACGGACAAGGCUCAGAUGACAGCUCAGACUCGGAUGACAGCAUCCCACCAGAGAUAUUGGAGCGAACUCUGGAGCCUGACAGUUCAGAUGAGGAGGCACCUCCAGUUUACUCUCCACCAACAUAUGACAUGCACAUUUAUGAUAGGAAAUACCUAGAAGCCCCACCAACACUAUCUCCACGAUCUAAAGCCCAGCCUCCUUCAGCUCACCAGCAGGUCAGAAGCUACCGUAACUGGAACCCUCCAUUGCUUGGAAAUCUCCCUGAUGAUUUUCUACGGAUUCUUCCACAGCAGUUAGACAACAUUAAGCAGAGCUCUCAGAACAGUCUGUCUCAGCUGUCACCGUCCUCCUCGUCAGUUUCUUCAUUAAGUCAGUGGACAGUGCAGUCUGGUUCUGGGUCUGCUGCCGGAACCACUGGGGGUCCUGGUUUAACAACAGCAGCUACAGAGCAAGACAAGAAACUGAAACAGUAUCUGGAAGACGAGCGUAUCGCGCUGUUCCUGCAGAACGAGGAGUUUAUGAGAGAGCUACAACGCAACCACGAGUUUCUCAUUGCCUUAGAGAAAGAUCGCUUGAAGUAUGAGUCAAAGAAAUCAAAGUCCAAUCAUUCAACUAGCUUGGAGAAUUCCACAGUGCUUCUGUGUAUGUGUGCAGGAGACCAGUACUCUGGAGCUUCCAUGGAGGCCAUCUCAGAUGAUGCGUUCAGAGACAAACUCAAACACAUGGGCAAAUCAACAAGAAAGAAGCUGUUUGAAAUUGCCAGAACAUUUUCAGAAAAGACAAAGAGAAGAAAGUCAAAAAGGAGGACACUCCUGAAGCAUCAUUCAUUGGGCACAGCCAACUCUACAGCCAAUCUUCUUGAUGAUGUAGAAGGACACCACUGUGAGGAAGAUGGCCAGCCUAGAAGAGCAAACACUCAGGAAGAAACUGAAAAACGCAGUGAGACAAUAUCAUGAUCCUCCCGUGCUGCUCCAUAUUGAUUUCCAAGGUGACUACAGCAUCACCCAUGGGCAGUGGUUUUCUAGCUCGUGUUGUUCCUACUUGCUCCUGUCCAAAUCAUUUGAAGAGUUAAGACACCCCUGCCCACCCCUGAAAGAGGAAUCAGACUGUUCCCAGCCACUGGGCAAAAACUUUGUAAAUGCAUAAUCUCUGUGUUCUAACAUUUUAUUGAUAUAUCAUUUUGAACAUAAAGGAACACACGUUAUUCCUUACAGUAUUUGUUGAUGACUUCUUUUAAUCCACUGUGGAGGAAUACUAGCAUAGUGAAGCUCUUUCCAUACAAACCCUUCUCCAGUCCUGUACUACAGCAUACUAGGCAUUUCAAAUCCAAAGUGUGAACAUGCAUCUUUAUAUACACUAAACCAUGUAGGGCUUUUUUUUUUUUUACCUCGUUUUGUCAAGCAUUGUAAUAUUUAGCUUUUUAUGUAACUGAAUUUUUUUGGUGUACAAAUAUUGUGGUUGUCUGUGGCUGCCUAAAUGUCAAAAUGUCACCAUGGACAAAAUAACCAUUAGGCUGUGUUUUUAAAGAAUGGUGUUCUGGGAAAUAAGGGUGUUCCAGGGUAUGGAGCAGUUUACUAUUUUAUUAUUUUUUUGUUUGUUUGUUUGGCAAGGUGAAAUUUUUCAGUUUGCGUUGUUGUCUAUUUCAGUAGUACUGUAGGCACUGUGCUGUUCGAACAUUAACCCAGGGUGACCAACUAGAAGCUGUCAAGCCAGGGAAAACAUCAGCAUCUUAUUAGGCUUCAUAAGGUUAACUGGUACACAAAGUCCUUCACAUACAUUAUUGUCUAACCCAGUCUGAAUGCAAAUUUGGAGCUUUUAGGCUAUGGCCAUUUAAAGGUGAAAUGACAGGAAUGACUAAAUUUGAAUAAAAUCUUCACAGUCACCCCUCCCCAUUGAGUUUGGGCCUUGAGUUUGGCAUUUGUCAUUGUUGCCAUCUUGUUUUAUUUUAUUUUUAAUACAUGAUCGAAACCCAACAGUGGAGAUGGGAAGUUAUCAGCUAAUACUACCUAGUUUAGUUGGCGAGGUACGUCCAUUAUUCACUUCGAUGUCAAUUGGGAUAGCAAUUAUUGCUAGUGAAAAUAACAAGAUGUACUCAAAGGAAAAACUGAACACUGAACAAGACAUUUUUGUAAAACUUGUGUAUAGCAGCAAAUGACUGACUGCCUGGAAGGUAGGACCAACAACCAAUAUGUUGAAAUGUUGUUAAGUUGAUGAAGGUUCUCAUCUUGUUCACGGCUUCACCUUGGUAGCUUGAACCCGACGCACAUUCCACCCUUAUCGUGUGAAGCCUGUUACUGGUAGGUGACAGAAGAGUCAGGUCCUAAUUAGGUGCCAGGUUUCCAAAAAUCUUCAUGCAGAUCAUUUUUUGUCUUUAUUUCCUGAAGGAAAGCAUAUUUACAAGUGAUGGUUCUAUAAACAAUGAGAUGGUUGUGGGUUUGUGAAAUCUGGUGGCUGAACAAAAUGACAACAGAAAAAAAUGUUUGUGGGAUUUUCAUCUUCAUCUUUCUACUGUUUUUAUUUGCACAUGUAGCUGUGAACCUAUUGUGGAUUGUUAAUUGUAAUGUUGGGAAGAACAAAAGAAAUCAAACAAUAUGUAACUGCUUUAAUUUAACAAAUGGGUUUAACAAAAGUAUUGCAAAAAGUUUGAUGACCAGGUGAUGCCUGUUCUCAUAUCAUUGCAUGAUAAAGUAAUCCGAUAAAAGAUUCAGCUAUGAUUCCAAGGGUUGAACUUAUAUUUGGCAUCUUUUCCCCUGAAUUCUCAAUAUGAGGUCCAGAGAUCUUGAUGCGCAGGAAGCAGACCAUAAUUUGGCUUAAAAACCAACUUAAAUCUAUCAGAGCAAGCAAGAACUUUGGUAGCGACCAUAUCAGAGAUGUGGUACAUUCCUAAAAAGCAGGAAUGCACUGGCAAAUGCUCACUGGCCACAGAAGACAACUAAAGUGGAUGCUUGUUGUGUACUCUUUCCUUGAUUUAGAAAAACACAACAUCUAGCCAUCUGCCUAUGAUUGUCAUUCUCUGCAAUCAAGAGAUUACUUCACGAUUGUGAAUAGAGGUUUACAACAAGGUCCAAAUACUGGUUACACUCAAGAACAGGGAGUUCAAAAUUGAAAAAGCCAGAAAACCUCUUGGGGAGCCCGAUGAGUUCUGGGGGAAAAAAAGAAUCCUUUCCUUUGGAAGAUGAAAUCAAGAUGAACUUGUACUAGAAUGAUGGGAAAAGGAAAUUGAGAAGGUGACUGCAGUGAAUGCUGAUAAAAACAGUAUAAUGAAUUCUGAAGUGUGUGGCUAUGAUGUCUUCUCAGGUUCAAACAAAUACUGCAAAAUUGAUUGAAUAAUACAUUUAGCCAACUUGAUCACAUAUUCUCAUCUUGACAUAGCAUGCUUUUUACCCCUAAAUGGUAAAAGGUAUUGUCAUCACCCCGCCGGGCAGGAAGGUAGGUGGGCCUUGAAGUUUGUGAAUUUAAUAUAGGUGCUUCAAGUUGAUACCCUUGGUACAUCUUCUAAAAAUCUUGGACAAAUUUUAAUCUCAAUGACGUCGACCUCAAGGUUAAAGGUCAAGAUUUCUGACAGUAUUGCAAUGCAAUAACGUGAGAAAGAAGUCACCUAGGGUUCUCAAAUUGAUGCCAUAGAUGCAUCUAACAAAAAUCUCAGCUGACUUUGAGAAACCAUAAAACUUCCAAGGAAGUAAUUGCAGCAUUUAGUGAUAUCUGUAGAUUCUAGACUUGGGGUUGUCAUGCGCUGCAAAGGUCAUCUAAUUUUUGAAAACACAUUUAAAGUUAUGUUAGCUUCUUUAAUUAUUUAUGAGAUUCUGUAAAUUUGGGACUGUAUAUAAACUUUUUUGUGAUAACUAGACAGUCAAUGCGGUAAUUCUCUUAAUCCUUAAGUCCCAUACCUAUGGACCUACUUGUAUGAGUGAACUAACAGUACAAGGCAAGUAAAUUGCAGCUUGAUAAAUAAACCAUUCUGGAUUUGUCUGCCCUACUGGAUUAUUUGAUGAUGAGUAAACUUUACUUGUCAGUGAUGUCAAAUACGUAAUUUCUCAAAGGACCAUUGCAGUGUUAAAUGCAUGUUCUGGCCAAUUACUUUGCAAAGGUUAAUUUUGAAGUUCGGUUCGUCAGUGUCUCAUCAAUAUUGACCUCACUAGUUUUGUCUUUUUCAAGAAACUACCUGAUGUGUCACAAGUAGCAGAUAGAUAAAGAUUGGCUGGUAAACCUAGUGCAGCAUUUGGCCUCUAAAAUUGCAGAUUUUGGUUUGUUUUGUUUGUUUUUUAAAAGAAAUCAAAAACUCAAGAAUUCAUGGUGCCUUACAGGAAGUUUUCAGACCAUAUUGAACAUAACUUAACAUGGAUGUAACAGAAGAAUUUAAGUUAUGGAUGUCUGUCUACACAUCACAGCAUACAGAACCUGUGGUAAUCCUUUCCAUGGUCACUGAUGUCAAUGGGUCUAUCUUUAGAACUGUGUUUGGACAAAAGAAUUUUGUGUUCCUGGUGAAAGAAAUGCUAGAAAAAAUGUUGAUUUUAAUGUUUGUUUGUUUUUUGCACCAGGGCAAAACACAAAAACAAAAACAGCUUUAACAGAAAGAAACAUGCCAAACACUGUGCUGGUCCUUUAAGAGAUCAGGCUAUGUUGUUGUGUAGUAAAGUCAGCAAUUUAAAGUAUCGAUGUUAGGACAUAUGGUGUAUUUUCAAGGGACAAAUUCCAGAUGAGAAUCAGGUGAAAUGUUAGAUGAGGUUUUCUGUAGUCCUUGUUUUGUUUCUCAUAUAGAUUAUGUUACUGUAAAAUGCAGGUCAAACUGUCAAAUUUGAAUAUUUGACAGUUUGAUUCUGAAACUUGGUUUCCAUGUCGGACCUAGAAGAAUAAACAAAAGCUUUAAUCAGUUUUGUAAAGAGGCAGAAAGCCUGAAUGGGCUUUUUGUUUGACCUUUCACCCACUUCCUAAAAGCACGUAGGAAAUGCAUUCAAAAUCCUGUUGGCUGAUUAAAUGUAGCAUAAUGUGCACAACAGGAAUAAUAACAGCAGCAUAAUGUCCUACAGGGUAGUUGAAGGCAAUGCUUGUCUAUCUGAUUUAUAUAGGAUGGUUGGUUGUUGUUUAAGGAUACUUUGUGUUCUCCUCCUCAGGGAAGUCUAACACUAGAUAUCUUAACAAACAGAAGCACAAAAAUCUCAUAUUUCACCGAAGCAACAAUGGAUUGCCCAUUUGAAACAGACCAGAAAUACUUUUCUUUUUCAUUUGAACUUUAUGAAACAGCCAUUUAGCAAUAGCAAAUCAGGUUUUCUGAUUUCAGACUUUUUUUCUGUAAUGUUUGUACUGCUAUACUCAAUACUUAGUCUUCCAAAACACCGAAUCCAAAGGAUAUGUUUUUGUUUAUUUUUUGUUUUUAGAACCAAACAAACAUAAACAUCCCAUAAAAAACCUUAUAUUUACUACGUCCAUUUUUUUAAAAAUCAGGUAAAAGAUUAAAAGUGGAAAUACAAUAUAAUUACAGUUGUAACUGAAUUGUGUUAUAAUUAACUAAUUUAAAGCAACAUUUUUCACUUUAAUGUUGGAUGUUGAAAAUGGUUCAAAAUUUGCAGAUCAAAUCUAAAUGUUAUCAAUUUGAUUUAUUUUAGUGUAUAUUAACAACAUUAGCGUUCCAUUAAAAUAAGGCAGAUACAAGGAAAUUUUCUAACAUGUAUUUUUGUGGAAUAUACUAACUAGUAGACUAAGAGCUGAGAAAUCCUUUUUACAUACCUACAUGUUCAGCUGCAUCAGUCAUAUUAGAUAGCCAGAAAAAAAACAACAAGUUUGAUACUGGUGAGUUGUUUACAGUGCAUAUGGGCUUAUGAACGCACCUGUAAGACUAUACAGAGAGAGCAAGAAACAUACAACAUGUUGAACACUUUUAAGUAGGUAAAAUUUACUGAGUCCCAUGUUCUUUAAAAUGCGAAACAGAAAACUGUCUAUUGUUUGAUUUCAAAUUCUUUUGUUUUUGCACAUACACCACACCCUCGUGCUUGUAAGAAUGCAUUUGGAUCUUAUAUUAGCCAGUCUUGGACUUGCCAACUCGCUAGUACAAAGUCCAUGUGAAGUGGAUUGUGCCAUUGUGUGAAUACUGUAGGUAAUAUUCUAGUGCAAUCAUUGCUAGAGUAUCUCCAGCAGGGUAAAAGCAGGUUAUUUACAAAUGCAUACUAAAUGUAUACAUGUAUAUGCCCAUGUGUAUAUAUGAGAAAGGACAACUGAACAUCCCAAACUAAUUCUGCUCUCUGAAAUUUAUGUGUGAAUACAGCUACAACUAGUAACUUUACAAUUUGGCUCAAUUGCUUGGCGUCUGAAGAAGGUGGGAAUUAGAGAAUUUGUUUCUUCCUCAUUUUGUGAUGGUUAUGUAAUUUUUUUCUACCCUGAUUUGUCUGUAAACUGUAUUUGUGAAUACAUUAACACAACCAAUAAAGAUUUUUUUUCUAUAAAGUAA